ACAAACCGCAAUAUGGCCGCGAUAUUAAGCUACCUUCGCCAAUCUCGUGUGACGGACCAAGACGACGAACUCUCCGCCACCGUCACAGCAUGGGCUUCAUCGCCUUACUGGGGUGAGAUUGAUAUCAAAGAUUUGCGCGACAAGAACAACGAUCCCGUGGAUUUUACCAAGGAUGACUUCCUGGGUAUUACGUUUCUAUCUCCGGCCAAAGUCGACGAUGUGAAUGUCAAUGCUUCAACCAACCCCUGGUACCAACCCGAUCCCGAAGUUAGCAACCUCUCCAGCGGUGACGAAGUCGAAGUCCACGUGAAGCUCAACUUUCAGCCUACUUUGGAUGGGGACGACAAAACGUUUCAAGUCUCAAGUGUCCAGCUGGGAAUGGCCGGCGAUCCUCAACCUGAUCGUUACAAGAACUCGGUGCGUCUCUGGAAGAGCUAUCUGCCUGAUGAAACCGGCAUUGUCCCAAUCGUAUGCGAUAGUCAACCGGAUGGGAUUACCUCCGCCAACCAAACGGUGAUCUUUACGAACGAUGAUGGUCUCACCAUGCGCGAGGUACAAUUCGGCCAAAAGACUGAAGUGUCCUUGAAUCGGGGUGAAUACGAAGUCUCAGCUGUGGAAUUGUUCACAGACGAUGAAACCACAGUUGCCACCGCGAAGGCUGAACCAGACCAGGUGGUGGUCCAGAAAGGGGACACAUCCCCGACUAUCAAUGUGACAUACGAUGUCCAUCACCACAGCUUGACAGACGUUGUAAUUGACAGUAUCCCCGGACUUGAAGGAGAGGAGAUACAUGUCAACUUCAGCAAUGCAGGAGCUCCGCUCUACGACUUUUGGAGCUUUGUCCCCAAGACCACCAGGCCACGUCGCGUUCUCCCAGCAGAUGGCAAUGCAAUUAUUAGCGUGGAUUCAAUCACUGUGAAUAAUGUCCAAUAUGAAUUCACUCCGAAGGACAUUGUUCUAUCACAGAAUGAAGCCGUCUCGUUCACGGCCGACGAUGUGCGCCAGACUCAGGUACAAAUUCCAGAUGCCGUCAAGCUACCCAUCCAGCUCAAGAAGCAGGACUCGAUAGCCGCAGGGAAAAUGGUCGUGCAUCUCAUCCAGAAGACCACCCGCCUUAUUUACAAGGCAAAAUUGAACGUGAAAGACGAAGGUCCUGAGUUCCCGGUUCCGGUUGCCCCGGGGGACUACGAAGUACAGGCAAAUCGGUUUAUCGAGGAUGGAAUCCUGUAUAACGUUACACUCCCCCCCAGCCUCAAUGUUAGUGAUGAUGGUAGCACUGUACUUGAACUGCAGGUGGAUUUUGCUGUCAAUCUCAAUGUCCCUGGCUUCCCCAACUUUCUGAGUUUCGGUGCUUGCACCCGGGACCUCAGCGAACCUACGAAACCGGAUGACACUGACAACGACUUAACAGACUUUGUGCAAGCUGGUGCAUCGUCAAUAUUCAAAUAUGCUGGUCAGGGUGGCGACGGCGACCCCAAAGUUGAUCUAACAGAGAGUCAAGAAUGCACACCAAGAGUGAUUGCCCUUGCGAGCGAUAUCGAAAAAGCCAUCGGAAGCGAUCAUACUGUUCUGCCGGUGUUGAUAUCAUAUACCUGCAACUUUUCUGGUGGGAACGAUGUCCUGACAGAUACCACCAGACACCGCCAUAGCCUUGGAAAUUUCAUUCAGUCGCUACAACUCACCAUGAAGAGUGACCAGGCGCCACGCUCUCUACGCGCUGCGUACAUCCUCAACCCCGAUUUCAUUGGCGAGUGCCAGAAGCGUGGCUACGAAGCGGACUCAGAAGUACCGUUCCUCAAUGCUCUGAAAGAAGCCCUUGAAUACCGGGUACGUGCACUACACUGGCUGGUGCGGACUCUGACGAAGGAUCCCGACACCGGUAAGCCUGCCGUUUCGCUCGGAUGGCAGGUCAAUCUCUGGGCAGGAGAACCCGCCGGUGCAGUGUGGAUUUACACGGACGAAAACCAGGCAUCGAAUAAGGCGAAGAAAACAGCCGACUACUUGGAUGUCCUCGGGGUAUGGCCCAAACAAGCUUCCCAGCAGGCGGAUGAAGAUGAGCUAGCUCCUCUCGACUUUCUGGCCGUUGACCGCUGGGAACGCGAUGAUUACAGAAAUGAUAGCUACUCUAAGUUCUUCUGCUUUGCUCCGCGCGAAUGGAGCAGGUAUUUUGAUUUCUGUGAAACGCUUGGCGCAGAACUGCAUGCCCCGAUCAUGCCUUGGCAGGUGUCUGCAGCUCGUACGCCAACCUUCAAAGAUGACGUUUCGAACAAUUUCUCGACAGCACAGCAUUGGGGUACCGGGGGCAGCUGCAUUUUGGGCGAUCCAGGUAUUGGAUCCGAGUACUACCGCAUCCAUAAGAAGAUCUUGUCGCUGGGAUUGGAUGAGGUGCAAUUUCACGUUAAAACCGUGGAAGAGCUAUGGAAGCGCUCUCAGCCCUUUGAUAUCAGUAUUCCAGGUUACCAAGGCCUUCAUUUACGGGGAAUCUUCGCUGUCCUGCUAGGUGGUGGUGACACAACCGGCAUUGUGAGUAGCCUUCCUCAGGCUGGUGAGAAGCAGGAUGCUUGGGUGCGGGAAAGACUCGGAGAAUAUAUCAAGGGCCCGAUUUAUUUCCAGACCGAUUGA